UCAAGGUAAUGUUCCUAUGAGAGAUAUUAACUUGCAGAAAUCGACUAUUAUUCCAGAGUCUAGUUAGAUGCAAUUGACUGAGUAGGCAAGGUGCCGAUGGCACCAUACUUGCCGAGUGGACAGUUACUGAAUAUCGGGCCAAGUACCCCGUUCACGCCACUGUCAGACUCAUUCUACGUCAAGGCUACAAGCAAAUGGUCUGUCAUGUUCAAACGAUUUUCACAAGUACCUUACAGCCACAUGACUAUUCCGAUGCGUUAAGAGUCUUACUUCUGCAGCGCUCGUUGUACCCUGUACUUUCCCACUCUCGAGAGUAUCAUAUGUAAUAUAUACCUGCCCAUGCCAUGACCAUUGCCAGAUUUUUCCACUGGUUCUUGCAAGUACCACGCAUUCUAAUGCAGUGCAGUCGAAUUAUUUGACUAUCAUAACCUUGGCGGAAUUAGUAGAAGAGAGAGAGAGAGAGAGAGAGAGAGAGAGAGGGUGGCCAACGAAAGGAUCGAUUUACCAGAGAGAGAGAGAGACGGAGGGUGGAUGCAAGCGUGAGAGGCCGUCGAGGAGGGAGGUUGACUAGUAGUCGCUGGUGGGAGCGGGAGGCUACGAUUGCUUGUAGUGAGAUGGGGCGAGAGAAAGGAGUGCUUUUGGGGGUGGGGUUGGGCUGAUAGAUGCAGCUUUUUCAAUGAACUUGCAUGUGGGACGCAAGUCGAGGCGCGCUCUCUACCAUCGGUGCCAUCCCCAGAAGGUACUUACAAUCUCUUUGUCUGCCUGCCUGCUGCUCAUUGCUUCUCAGCAAAGUACCCUCCCGGACGAUCUUUGGUUGACGACGUUGUUGGAGCCAGGAACAAAAAGCCUGGUCCAGGGUUGGAUUCCUUCUAGGAAGAUCAAGACGCCUUGUACUCGCUCACCGUGCAAGCAUCUCUGAAUUGCGCCGGUAAAGGGUGAGGGAACGGCCUUGAAAAUCCGCUCUAUCCAUGUCAAAUUUAUCACGAAGCACACAGAUGUUGCGACGUGUACUUGGAUCCCAAGCAAGUGCAGUGAGGGAGAAACCAAUCCGGGAGGCGUUUCUGACCAGAUAUCCAUCGCUUGGGGGUAGACUUUUCAACAGCCAGCCUCGGUUGCUUUGGCUCGCAGCUUGAUCAGUAGCCUGUAGCAGUUCUAGCCGCACAUUGCUCUUUUGCGUGUUUGCUUGUAGCUCGGAGAAGCAGGAAGCCCGCGUCAAUAGAAAUCCUUGCAACUGUUACAAUCGUUCCUGUCGUACCACUCAUCGUAAACAGCUUAAGAAGAAGUCUUAAUAAGAAGAGUGCGCUAGUCAUCGUGACGCUUUAGGCAGUAAGGUCUCAAUCUUGAUUACGAUUGUGACAUGCGAGAAGAUGAAUCAAGCACUAUGAGGAACGUAGAAGGUAGCGAGCACAAAGGAUUCUACUCCAGGUGGAUCCGAGCAGUGAUUGAGAGGUAUCAACUUAUUCAGCACAUACUGUAAAGAAAUAAGCGAAGUUCCAGAACACAACGAUUUCGUGCACAGACUCGGCCAUCUGUAGUUUGUAUGCAGAUGUAGAUUAUACACAGUGCAAAGAUUAAUCGUGCGAGUUGUGGAGCACAAUCUAUAGAGCCAUGUCAUCAGGGUCCAAUGCAUCACGAAAGCCGAGUGUAACGUCCACGUUGUUCAAAGCGUCGAGUAGGUUCCUCCAUGGCAGUACGGGGAAUGGACAAGCUGCUGGAGGGAAGAGUAUGAAGAGACAGAGAGCAGGUGCCUCGAUAGAUAAAGAGGUGCUCAGCGCAGAGAGCAACAACACCCCAGACACAGCGUUGGACGACCACAAGGACACCUCUGGGGGAGCUAAAAGCAAGAAAAGGUUCGUGGGCGUGAGACAGCGACCAUCUGGGAGAUGGGUUGCCGAAAUCAAAGACACCACACAAAAGAUUCGUUUGUGGCUGGGGACAUUUGAUUCCGCAGAGGAGGGAGCGAAGGCAUAUGAUAGUGCUGCAAGAGCUUUAAGAGGGGCUAACACCCGCACAAAUUUCGUGCCCGGUAUGGCAUGUGAGAGCACGGUUCCUGCUUCAAAAGCAACUCGCCUCAUUCGCCUUAGGCAAAUAGCGGCAGCUUCAAAAGCCAGCGAGAAAGAGGCUCGAAAUGUCACUCAAUCACCGGAGCCAAAAGACCAUCUCCGGAGGAGCCAGGACGAUAGCAAAGACCAGGUGAUUUCUCCUCUGGUGAGACAGGAUUUUCAGCACUCCAGCAAUCCACGUACUGCUGUAGAUGAUACUCCUCCCCACCUUCCUUCGUCCCCGCCUAAACCUGCUCGUCUGAUUGGCCGCAGACACAAUGCACCAUUAACAUCUGCAAAAGCAGAUCAGGAAGAUGUUGCUCCUAAUCCUACCGAUAAUGAUCGAAGCGCAGUGGACAGAGGCCCCAAGCUUGAGGUGGGUAGCUUCCCCUCUCCCGAUCGCUCCCCUCCGAAGCUGGAACCUCAGCAGUCAAUCAUAUCUGAAAACCCCUCCAAUGCGAAGAAUCAGAGACUUAUUGCAUCCCUGCAAGACUCUUCUCCCACUCUUCUUCGUCUUAGUCUUCCCUCGUGCAGUAUCCCUCAAGAUUGCAUACAACCACAAAAUCUGGCUGAUGGAGAGGCACAAUUGGUGAGCAGUGGUUUAUCGGAAGUUGCAGUUACGAACGUCAAGUUCAGCAAGCAAACCCAUUACUCAACGCAAAGAGCAGAAGAGUGGCAUGGAUCUUCGCCAUUUGAGAGCUUCUCCACUCUCCCAGUUGACAACUUCGUACCUCAAUCUCCAAAUCCCUUUCUUAUCGUACCAUUAGAAGCGUCGAGACAACAGUUUAGAACAGAUCAUAAUAUGUCUGGACUUGUGGGGUGCUCCCACCAUGAUGCUUCUUCCCAGCAACAACUUUCGUGCUCUACCAACAGGGAUCACGUAAGCAUAUAUCAAUCUGAGAGGUAUGGAGACCUCGAUCCCGGGAUGAGCAACAACAAUGCGAUCCUGGACAGACAGAGGAGCUUGAGGAGCAUCGCUCAACACUUAAACUCAGACGAUGCCAUGACUCUGGAUGCUGCCAAAUGCAUGAUGGAGCCAAAAUGUUGUGAACCUCUGGCUUCGUCGGUCCCUAAAGGACAGAUGGACUACACAAACACUGAGAUGUAUGGCACGGAGUCGGAGAAAAGAUCACCCGAGAUCUGCGAUCUUAGAGAAAAAGGAUUUUCAAACCUUCAUGGCCCUGACAUUCCAUGGCAGGAUUACAUCUGGGGAGACACGACAGGCAUGGAGUCCGGGUUGCUAGGGUUAGACCUAAGCUGUGAAAGCUCGGGAGUGUACAACUCCACGUUCGAUUUCACUGAAACCAUUGAAAGAGAUUCCUGCACAAGUGUGGUGGAAGAGCAUCUGUCUGACAACAGCGACUUCAUGCUCCGGGUGCAGUUCGACAGUUCGCCUUGUACAUCCGACAGUUUUCAAGAAUGCGUGCUGCUAACCCAACCGGACUAUUGCAUGUCGCCACACGAGUCAAGUCUACGCGGUCUCCCUUUGUCCCCUCCCGACACGCAUCUCUCUAACUCGUCGCCGUCGCUUUGGAGGGUGAACGAUACGAGCACAUGGGAUGGUCAAUCCAGCGGCAGCACGGAAACCACCACAACUACAGACCUGAAAACGGAUGGCGAUGGCGCUGGCGAGUGCACAAGCCAAGACCACGAAGCCCUAUGGAGCUCCAUGGACCUUCCUCCACUCUGCAUGGUUGCGUAAGAUGAUCUUCAACCUAGUUUGUGUAACUUAGAGUGUGAAUUUUGGUGUCAAGAACUGGGUACAAGUCUUGACCAUGCGACAGAAAAAGAUUUCAACUACUAAUCAGGUGAGCAGAAGAUUAGUGACAUCGAGAUCCGCAGCAGCGAGAGAGAAUCCUGUGAGUUGCUCUCUAUCUUACCUUGACAAGGUACUGCUUCUUCAAGUGCGAAGCAUUGUAAGUCGCUGAUACAGCUGGUUGGACUAAAUAACAGGAAAUCAUUGGAACCAUAGACUUUAGCAAAUCAUUCUCUGGCUCCGAAUGAUGUCAAGAAUCCGAGGUCACAAGUCCAGCUUACGGUUAGUGUGUCGCGUCUUUUUCCACGUCGGAGUGAGGAACUGCAGAGAAAGAAUCACCUUGUUGGCGAUAGAUUGCUUGGUGCAAAAUACAUGUCAUCGAAAAGUCUUAGGGUUGUGGCAGGCUGAUGUUUUGUAACUUCCAGGCAGUCAGACCAUGUAAAAAUUGCACCUGGAGAUUGAAAGUGAGGUUUGUGAGGAUACAAUCGAUUAAAGACAUUUUCAGAUGGCGGGCAUUUAUCUCCCUGCGAAAUGUUCGUACGACUGGGAGAUGUAGCAGACCAAUGCUCCAGGGCGAAAAGGUCCCAUCUCAUUAUGUCAGGGAUCAAGUACAGUAGUCACAGAUCUUUGGCGAUUAAUCUACCGACACUCACGUUGAUCAAAUAGUUUGCGCACAAGCGUGUGUGUAAAUCUGGAUACAUACCUGCAGGUUGCUUCUGUAGCCGUGUAGAAUGCGUAGCCUCCCGACGAUUGAAAUAACUGUAACGAUCUCUUUUAAAUGUCGACGCAUCGACAUACUCAAUCCUUGCCUUCAUGAA